GCUCAGGGAAGCGCGGGAAGUCCAGAUUUUCGCGGCGGUGGUGGUGGCUGUGUGACUAUGACCCUGGAACAGGAGCUUCGCCAGCUGAGCAAGGCCAAGGCCAAAGCCCAGAGGAAUGGACAGCUGCGCGAGGAGGCCGUCUACUGCCACCAGCUGGGGGAGCUGCUGGCUAGCCACGGACGCUUCAAGGAAGCUUUGGAGGAGCACCAGCAGGAGCUACAUCUGCUAGAGAGCGUCCAGGACACACUAGGCUGUGCUGUAGCCCACCGCAAGAUCGGAGAGCGGCUGGCUGAAAUGGAGAAUUACUCUGCUGCUCUGAAGCACCAGCACCUCUACCUGGAUCUGGCUGGUUCCCUGUCCAACCACACGGAGCUACAGAGAGCCUGGGCCACCAUUGGCCGCACCCAUCUGGAUGUGUAUGACCACUGCCAAUCAAGAGAUUCCUUGCUGCAGGCACAGGCUGCCUUUGAGAAGAGCUUGGCUAUUGUGGAUGAGAAACUAGAGGGGAUGCUGACCCAGCGGGAACUGAGCGAGAUGAGGACCCGUCUCUACCUCAAUCUGGGCCUCACCUGCGAGAGUCUGCAGCAGACAGCCCUGUGCAACAACUACUUCAAAAAGAGCAUCUUUCUUGCUGAGCAGAACCAUCUCUAUGAAGAUCUGUUCCGGGCUCGGUACAACCUGGGUGCCAUCCACUGGCGCGGAGGGCAGCACUCUCAGGCCAUGCGUUGCUUGGAGGGCGCUCGGGAAUGCGCACGCGCCAUGAAGAUGAAAUUCAUGGAAAGUGAAUGUUGCACGCUUCUGUCCCAGGUGCUCCAAGAUCUGGGGGAUUUUCUGGCUGCCAAACGAGCCCUGAAGAAGGCCUACAGGUUGGGCUCCCAGAAGCCUAACCAGAGAGCGGCCGUCUGUCAGAGUCUCAAAUACGCAGUAUUGGCAGUGAUCCAGUUGCAGCAGCAGCUGGAAGAGGCUGAGGGCAGUGAUCUUCAAGGUGCCAUGGCUAUCUGUGAACAGCUGGGGGACCUUUUCUCCAAAGCGGGUGAUUUUCCCAAGGCAUCUGAGGCUUACCAGAAGCAGCUGCACUUGGCUGAGCUGCUGAACAGGCCAGAUCUGGAGCUGGCUGUCAUCCAUGUAUCCCUGGCCACCACACUGGGGGACAUGAAGGACCACCACAAGGCUGUCCACCACUAUGAGGAAGAGCUGAGGCUACGCAAGGGCAAUGCCCUGGAGGAAGCUAAGACUUGGUUCAACAUUGCACUGUCCCGUGAGGAAGCUGGUGAUGCGUAUGAGCUGCUAGCUCCAUGCUUCCGGAAGGCUUUUAGCUGUGCCCAGCAGGCCCAGCGAUUCCAGCUGCAGAGGCAGAUCUUACAGCACCUUUAUACUGUGCAACUAAAGUUGCAGCCCCAAGAAGCCCGUGACACUGAAAUCAGACUGCAGGAACUGAGUAUGGCAAAAGACACAGAGGAAGAGGAAGAGGAGGAGGAGGAAGAGGAAGAAGCCAGUGAGGCCCUGGAGACCAGUGAACUGGAGCUCUCAGAGAGCGAGGAUGAUGCUGAUGGCCUGUCUCAGCAGCUGGAGGAAGAUGAGGAGCUUCAGGGCUGUCUGGGCCGACGGAAGGUAAACAAGUGGAACCGACGCAAUGACAUGGGAGAGACCCUGCUGCACCGAGCUUGCAUUGAAGGCCAACUACGUCGUGUCCAGGAUCUUGUGAAGCAGGGCCAUCCCCUGAAUCCCAGAGACUACUGUGGCUGGACCCCUCUCCAUGAAGCGUGCAACUAUGGGCAUCUUGAGAUUGUGCGCUUCCUUCUGGACCAUGGGGCAGCAGUGGAUGACCCAGGUGGCCAGGGGUGUGAUGGCAUCACGCCCCUGCACGAUGCCCUCAACUGUGGCCACUUUGAGGUAGCUGAGCUACUCAUUGAGCGAGGGGCUUCUGUAACUCUCCGCACCAGGAAGGGCCUCAGCCCACUGGAGACACUGCAGCAGUGGGUGAAGCUGUACUACAGGGACCUUGACCUUGAGACAAGACAAAAGGCCGCAUCCAUGGAGAGGAGGCUGCAGAUGGCCUCCUCAGGCCAAGCUUCCCACAGCUCCCCUGCCCUCCAGACUGUUCCAAGUAGCCAUCUAUUUGACCCUGAGACCUCUCCUCCCUCAAGCCCCUGUCCAGAACCCUCCUCAUAUACUCCUAGACCUCCAGAGGCCUCUCCAGCCCCUGCUAAAGUCUUUCUGGAGGAAACUGUGUCUGCAGUGUCCAGACCUCGAAAGAACAGGCACAGGCCAAGCAGCAGCAGUAGCAGCUCAGAGCAUGAGGAUGACCUAAGUCCUUGCAGGCCAUCUCAGAAAAGACUGAGACGUACCACACAGCAGGGUGAAGCCAAGAUGCCUGACCCAUCCAGAAGUAGAGAGACAGCCACAUCAAGUGUUUGCCGGGCCGCUUACCGAGCAGCCAUCCGAGGCGUGGGUAGUGCCCAGAGCCUGCGCUCGGUGCCUAGCCUGCCUCGGGGCUCAGAGGAAGUCCCUGCCCCCAAGACAGCACUCAUUCCUGAGGAGGAAUACCUGGCUGGGGAAUGGCUGGAGGUAGAUACACCUCUGACCCGCAGCAGCAGGCCCAGCACCUCACUGUCAGACUAUGACCGAUGCCCUGCAAGGCCCCGGACCCGUGCCAGGCAGAGUCGCCCAACAAGUCUUGAUGGUUGGUGUGCACGGGCUAAAGCAGGAGAUGACAGCCUGACUGCAGAACCUUCAGAGAACCCCAGCGUGCCUAGGACCUCAGGCUCCAACAAGGAAAAUUGUACAGCAGGCCAGCCUAUGCUUCUGGUCCAGCCCCCUCCCAUCCGAGUUCGAGUUCAAAUUCAGGAUAACCUUUUCCUCAUCCCUGUCCCACACAGCAGUGAUGUCCGUUCUGUGGCUUGGCUAGCAGAGCAAGCUGCCCAGCGCUACUUCCAGACUUGUGGGCUGCUCCCAAGGCUCACCCUACGGAAGGAUGGAGCACUGCUGGCCCCCCAGGACCCCAUCCCGGACGUGCUGCAGAGUAACGAUGAGGUGUUGGCUGAAGUAACUUCAUGGGACCUUCCUCCACUGAAGGACCGCUACCUCAGGGCCUGCCAGAGCCUGGGACAAGGGGAGCACCAGCAAGUGUUGCAGGCCAUGGAGCACCAGAGUUCAAGCCCAUCGUUUAGUGCCUGUUCCCUGGCCUUGUGCCAAGCCCAGCUCACACCCCUGCUGAGGGCCCUCAAGUUACACACGGCACUCCGGGAGCUACGCCUCGCUGGGAACCGACUCGGUGAUGCGUGUGCUACCGAGCUGCUGGCCACCCUGGGCACCAUGCCUAACCUGGUCCUCCUCGAUCUCUCUUCUAAUCACUUGGGCCAGGAAGGUCUGCGUCAGCUUGUCGAAGGCUCCUCGGGCCAGGCUGCUUUGCAGAACUUGGAGGAACUGGACUUGAGCAUGAAUCCACUGGGAGACGGCUGUGGUCAGGCCCUGGCCUCCCUCCUGCGGGCCUGCCCCGUGCUCAGAACCCUGCGCCUCCAGGCCUGCGGCCUUAGCUCCAGCUUCUUCCUGAGCCACCAGGCUGCCCUGAGCAGCGCCUUCCAAGAUGCUGAGCACCUGAAGACCUUGUCCUUAUCGUACAACACGCUCGGCGCUCCCGCCCUGGCGAGAGUGCUGCAGAGCUUACCUGCCUGUACCCUCCUACACCUGGAGCUUAGCUCCGUGGCAGCCAGCAAGAGCAACUCCUCGAGUCUCGUAGAGCCUGUUAUCAAAUACUUGACCAAGGAAGGCUGUGCUCUGGCCCACCUAACCCUGUCUGCAAACAGCCUGAGUGACAAGGCCGUGAGAGAACUGAGCAGAUGUCUCCCUUGCUGCCCCUCACUCACCUCUCUGGACCUGUCUGCCAACCCCGAGGUCAGCUGUGCCAGCCUGGAGGAGCUCUUGUCUGCCCUGCAAGAGCGGUCCCAAGGCCUCAGCUUCCUUGGCUUGUCAGGCUGCUCUAUUCAGGGGCCGCUGAACUCUGACCUCUGGGACAAGAUCUUCGUACAGUUGCAAGAGCUGCAGUUGUGCAGCAAAGGCCUGAGCACAAAAGACCGAGACACCCUGUGUCAGAGACCGCCGGAGGGUGCGUGCACACUGGAUCAGGGUUCCAAGCUCUUCUUUAAAUGCCUCUGACCCUGGCCCUGCCAUUUCCGAAAAGGAUUAAAAAAAAAAAAAAAAACAAAAAACCCUUAAUAAACUGCUGCUUUCUCA